GGCGAGGGUGAACAGAGGAAGAACCUGGCUGCAGAGAAGAUUGAGGCCCUGAAAGCCGUGCUGCCCAAGGGGAGGCAAGCAGAACUCGAAAAACAGAAGAAGCAAGCCGAGGCAGAGUGGCAGACCCUGUGUAACGCCAUGCAGGACACUCAGGUUAAACUGGAGUCGUCCAUCGACCAGUGGCAGGCGUACGACAAGGAGUGUGACACGCUGUCACAGUGGCUCAAGGACACGGAGGCACGUGUCAGGAACGAGGCCACACUGCAGCCAGACCUGCCCAGUAAGGUCGAGCAGUUCGAACUGUUCAAGUCAUUGGCCGAGGAUGUUGUUGCCCAUCAGCCCGACUUCGAAACAGUGCGAGACUCAGCCCAGGAUAUCAGUCGCUCAACGGGAGACGGCCGCACAGCGUCCUUUGCUGCCACACUUGUGAACAGAUACCAGACUCUGGCUGCAUCUGUUGAGGAACAAGUGGAGAAGUGUGAACAGAACAUUGCAGACCAUGAGAGCUACCUGCAGCGGUACAAGGAAUGCCUGGAGUGGAUAGAGGCACAGCAACAGGACCUUGAGGACUGUGUGGACAUGCCCCAGGAUAACGAGAUGUUAGACGCUAAACUCACAACCAUGAGUACCCUGACUUCCUCUACCGACUCUGGUCUCGGGACUUUCAAUUCUGCCCUCGAGUCCGGAGAACGACUUUACCCGAACACGUCCAACGAAGGUCGCGAGGCGAUUCGCCGUGACCUUCGCUCUCUGAGAGACAAGUGGGAAUCCUACAACGAUAAUCUGAACGAGACUCAAAGAAAACUCGAGACCUCGAGAAUGCAGUGGUCAACAUUUGAUGAGAACUUUGAGCAACUCGAGAAAUGGGUCGCUGACUCGGCGGAGCAGUUGAAGCAUGAAGAUUCCGAGCCAAAGAAUACUCUUCAAGAGAAGAAAGCUGCAUUGCAGCACUAUAGGACUCGCUGCCAAGACAUCAUGUCCCAUCAGUCUAUGCUGGACAGCAUCAGUGACAAAGGCAGCGCCCUGGCCUCCACUAAAGCCAAGGACAAACUGAACAAACUGCGCGCCAAGUAUGGCGCCCUCUGUCAGGCUGCAGAGGCCAAGGUGAAGACUGCUGAGAAUGAGGUUGACCAGCACCAGAAGUUGCAAGACCUGCAUCAGCAAUGUCGUGAUUGGAUGGCUGGAACCAAGGACAAGCUUGCUGUGUGUGCCGAGGCCAGUGGCGAUAGACAGGCUCUACAGAAUAGACUCGACAAAGUAGAGGACCUUGUGAAGUCAAUGCGUGAAGGAGAAGCUAAGGUGAAGGCCGUGCAUGUUCAGGGGGAGAAAUCAAUCCCUCAGACAGGGCCCCAAGGUCAAAAGGUUAUCCGAAAGGACCUUGAGGGGCUCACAGAGGACUGGAAUGCCCUGGACCAGCGUAUGAAAAACACGAAAGAAAACCUGCAGCACGCGUUACAGGCCCUCACUGCAUAUGACGGGUCAUGUGAACAGCUGAACAAAUGGCUAAGGGAAUGCGAAAUGGCCGUCAAGGACAUUGACUUGAAGAGAACUCUGGGCGAUAAACAAGGUCAGGUGGAGAGGCUAAAGAAGAUGCAGCAGGAAGUGAAUGCUAGACAGCGGCACUUUGACGAGCUACAGGAUAUGGUGGCCCACAUGCAGGGUGCGGAUACUCGUCUUGUGAACUACAGCUCCCAGCUCAACUCCCGAUAUGAGGCAUUGAAGACAAACCUGAGGGAUGCCAUCAACCGCUGGCAAGACUACGUCCGUGAGCACCAGGCUUACGCCACCAACUAUGCCGAGUGCACUGAAUGGGUGGACACGCUACAGCGCCGACAGGAAGUGUGCGCAAACAUGGCCGGGGAUCGCGCAGAUGUCGAGGAUCGUCUGACGAAACUUCAGGAGCUGGGCGCGGAGAAAGAACAAGGCGCUAAACGUAUACACCAUACUGUGGAGUCUGGAGAGAAACUGUACCCCAGCACAUCGGCUGAGGGAAGGGAGAUAAUCAGACAGGAACUCAGGACACUACGAGACCAGUGGGAGCAGGUAUGUGACCAGCUGUCAGACACUCAGAGGAAGCUGGAGUCCUGUCUGGUCCAGUGGUCCUCUUAUGACGAGAAUUACGAGCAGCUUCAAAAAUGGCUUCUGGACACAGAAGUCCAGCUGAAAGAGGACACUGACAUGAAAGCCACGCUGCCAGACAAGAAGGCCCAGCUACAAAACCACAGGGUGCUUCACCAAGACAUCCUAUCGAGACAACACAUUCUAGACAAUCUCACAGAGAAAGCGACCUCUCUGUCUCACUCCUCUCCGGUUGCCAAGGUCAACAAGUUUGUAGAUGAGUCUGUCGCCAAAUACUCAAAACUUUGCACGCAGUCGAAGGCGAUGCUAGAAAAAUUUGAGGUGGCAGUGAAAGAUCAUCAGCAGUACCAGGACGCAUACCAGGACUGCCAUGAUUGGCUGAAUUCCUCCCGUGAUAAGGUCGAGGCUUGUGCUGACACGUCCGGUGAUCGUGUCUCCAUCACAAACAAGCUGGAACGACUCCGGGAAUUCUCGAGCCACGUCGGGGAAGGAGAGAAAAAACUGCGCCUCACCCAGGAGCUGUGUCAGAAGACCUCAAAGAACACGUCCAUGCCAGGCUGCGAGGUGCUGCGUCGAGAGAUGGACCAUCUGCAGUCUGAAUGGCAGGACUACACUGCCAGGAUACAUCAGGCUGAGGAAGACUUAGACCAUGCCAUGCUACAGUGGGGAGACUUCGAGACCAAGUUUGACCACUGCUCGCACUGGCUGAAAAACAUGGAGCAACAAGUGAAGAGUUAUGAGCUCAAAUCAACACUGCCGGAGAAGAAGGCACAGGUGGACAAGUUCAAGAAACAACGCGAGGAGAUCCUCACCCACCAACCUGACUUUGACAAAUUCACGGACGAUGCCCAGAACCUGAUGCACACGAGUGCGGACGUGCGCCUGAGCACACAGGUCUCUCAGCUGACCAAUCGCUAUCGAGGCCUGCUCUCGCUGAUCAAGGACCUAAUUGGCAAGUGGGACAAGUACGCGCAGGACCACCAGGCCUUCGAGAACCGGUAUGCCGAGUUCCGUAACUGGCUCGCGCAGGCUGAGGAGAAGUUGGACUCGUGCCAGCAGCCUGCUGCUGACCAGGACACCAUGGAGGAAAAGAAAGCCAUGAUACAGAUGAUGAUAGCUGAGAAGGAGCACGGGCUCCAACGUCUGAACUCCGCAAUCGAGGCCGGAGAAAAACUUUACCCCGACACUGCAGCAGCAGGUCGUGAAAAUGUACGCCAGAGCCUGCGCACAGCCAAGGAAGACUGGGAGCGCCUGUUCAGCACCCUUAGCGACACCCAGCGCCGCGUAGACAACUUCCUGUUGCAGUGGUCCUCGUACGCGGAGGGGCAAGAUCAGCUCGUGCGCUGGCUGGGAGAUACAGAGGCCACCCUGCAGGGAGACAUGGAUAUGAAAAACACGCUGCAGGAGAAGAGGAUGCAGCUGCAGAACAACAGGUCUCUACUACAAGACAUUGCCUCUCAUCAGCGCAUCAUGGACUCUGUAGUAGAGAAGGCCCAGGGGGUCCUCAAGUCAACCUCCAACCCAGAGGUCGCGGACUUUAUCAAGGACAUCUCCUCCAGAUAUGAACAACUGGCUCAGCAUGCAAAGAGCCAGAUCCAGCGCUCGGAGCAGAGUGUUCGUGACCACCAGGAGCAUCACGACGCCCUGCAGGCUGCGGUAGACUGGUUGACCCUGAUGAAGGACAGACUGUCCACCUGCUCGGACACGUCAGGCGACCGACACACCCUGCAAAACAAACUGGACAGGGUCAAGGAAUUAGCUAGCACAUUACCGGAAGGGGAAGCCAAGGUUCGCCUCUGUGAGCAAUGUUCUGAACGAGCCAUGGAGUCCACGGGGCUAAAGGGCCGCCAGAUGAUCCAACAGGAACUGGACGUGCUGCGUCUCGACUGGGAGGACUAUGCGGUCAAGCUGACUUCACUACAGGACAGCCUUGAGAAGGCCGUCCACCACUGGGGCCAGUAUGAUGACCAGUACGGGAUCAUCUCGCAGUGGGUCAAGGACAUGGAGCGGAAGGUCAAGGAUUUCCCGCUGAAAUCAACACUGGAGGAAAAGCAGGAGCAAUUGAAAAAAUACCAGGAGAAAGGUCGACAUGACCUGAUGCAGGAGAUCAAGUCUCGUCAGCGGGAGGUGGACCGUUUCUCCGACGAGUCUCAAACGCUGAUGCAGAUUACGGGUGAAACCAGAGUGAACACAUCCAUCUCUCAACUGACAUCGCGAUACCAGGCUCUUACUAUGGCAGUAAAAGACAUACUAAAGAAGUGCGAACAAAACGUUGCCGACCACAAAUCAUACCGUGACAAGUCUCACGAAUGUGGAGUAUGGCUGGCCAAUGCCAAGGAGAGGUUUGCUGACAAUGCUGACACGUCCGGUUCCCGACAGGAGCUUGAGGAACGUCUAGAGAGAAUACAGGAAUUGAUAGCGGAGAGGGACACAGGAUUUGCCAGACUUAACCAGGCCAUAGAAGCAGGAGAGACACUCUACCCAAAUACAGCUACAGAGGGUCGCGAACGUGUGCGCCAAGAAUUACGUCAGCACAAAUUAAACUGGGAAAGCCUGUUUGACGAUCUGUCGUCCGCCCAGCGAAAACUUGAAGUUGCUCUGGUGCAGUGGACAACAUUUGAUGACAGUUAUGGACAGGUGGAGCAAUGGCUUAGGGAUGCAGAAAUUCAACUGGAGGGUCAGGCGCCACUAAGGUCCACAUUAGAGGAGAAGAAAUCACAACUUCAGAACUUCAAAGUAUUGCACCAGGAUGUGUUGUCAUACCAGAGAGUCAUAGAUUCUGUUGACGACAAAGCUAGGACCCUUGUUCAGAGUAGCAGCGAUACACAGUUGUCUAACUUUGUGUCCCAGACUGGGGCCAGAUAUUCAAAGCUGUGCAGCCUCGCUAAGGAGCGAGUGCAUCAGUAUGAAGGAUUUGUUGCUGAUCAUCAGCAGUAUAACGACGCCUACAACCAGUGCAUAGAAUGGCUCAACAGCAUUCGAGAGAAAUUAUCCCUUUGUGCAGACAUUGCGGGUGACAGGCACACUAUUCAAAACAGACUGGACAAAAUACAGCGUCGUUGUGACAUUCUGGCAACAAAGAUGGAGGGAGAGCCAAAGGUGAAGAACAUUGUGGCACUAGCUGAGAAAGUGCUCCCUAACACUGCCCCUCAGGGCAAGGACAGCAUCGUCAGGGAGACCGAGGCUUUGAGGGCCGACUGGGAGGCAUUUGUAACAGCCCUGCAAAAGACCAAGAAAGACCUGGAGAACUGUAUGGACCAAUGGAAGGAGUUUGACUCCUGGUACGAGCGCUGCAACUCCUGGCUUAAGGAGGUUGAGCUCAAGGUCAAGGACACGGAGCUCAAGGCCACGCUCAAGGACAAGCAAACACAGCUGGAGAGACUGAGGAAGCUCCAGGAGGAGUUGAACGGUCGUCAAGGUGAUAUUGAUUCUCUGAGUGACUCUGCGCAGGAUCUGGUGAGGGUUAGCACGGACACUCGUGUGAUCAGUCAGGCAUCACAGCUCGCCUCCAAGUACCAGACCCUGAAGGUCACUGUCAAGGAGCUGUGUCGACGCUGGGAGCAGUACGUACUUGACCACCAGGCCUACACAGGUUCCUUCGAGCAGUGCAAGUCGUGGGUGGUGGCCAUGCGCAGGAAGCUGCAGUCACAGGCUGAUGUCAAGGGAGACAAGCGAUCCGUGCAGGAGAGAAUCGAGAAACUCCAGGACCUGAUGGCAGACAAGGAGGAGGGCAUGCACAUGCUGCAGAUCUCCCUCGACAACCUCCAGAUUGUGCUGCCCAACACAAAUGUGGCAGGGCGCGACAACAUGCGCCGCGAGAUGCAGACGCUGCAGGCGGAGUAUGAUGCGCUGUCAGCAGACCUCAACGACACACGUAACAAACUUGACGGGACUCUGUCGCAGUGGACGGUGUAUGACGACAGUGUGGAACAGCUGCGGCGCUGGCUGAACGACCUUGAGAAUCAGCUGCACCUUGAGACGCAGCUCCAGAACACGCUGCAGGAGAAGAAACUGCAGCUUGAGAGGGUCAAGGUCCUGCAGCUGAACAUCAACUCCCAGCAGUCCACCAUAGACAACCUGAACGAGAAGGCCAUGUCCCUACAGCAGUCCAGUGCCACCGACGCCAACCUGAACGGACAGAUACGACAGAUUGUGGAAAAGUACAACAGGCUGUGUGGCAAUGUGAAGGAGCUACAGCAGAACUGUGAGCGUUACCAAAAGAACCACCAGCAGUACCGUGACUCGUACAUGGACACCAUCGAGUGGCUCUCCAGUACAGUGGACAAGAUGAAUGCAUGCAGUGAUGUGCGGGGCGACCGCACGGCCAUAGAGGCUCAGCUGCAGAAAGUAGUGGACAUACAAGGAACCCUGGAGGGAGGUCGACAGAAACUGGAUGACACUCUGGCACGUGGGGACACCGUCCUUCCAGAAACAUCCAAUCAGGGCCAAGAUCUAAUUCGCGAGGAGCUUAACAUGCUCACCAAUGAUUUUGAGCAGUUCGAUACAGACAUCAAUGAGCUGCAGAAUAACUUAGAGCGUCUGCGAGACGAGUGGUACACAUACGAGGACGAGUAUGAGAAACUCAAUCAGUGGAUCAAGGACACAGAGUCCGAGAUGAAGGCAGACUCGGAACUCAAGUCCACCCUCGAGGAGAAGAACAUGCUUCUAGAGAGGCAACAUGCCUUUCACGAGGAGGUAACAAACAAGCAGACGACAUUUGACGGCCUCACUGAGCAUGCCCAGGUUCUGCUCCAAUCAACGACUGACAAUCGUGUGACAUCACAGCUCACUCAGAUGUCUUCACGAUACACAACCCUCAUGGCAAUGUCCAAGGAUUUCCUGAAGCGAUUCCACCAGCACGUAGAGGAUCACCAGCAGUAUGCCGAGACAUUCACUGAGGCCGUCACGUGGCUCCAGGGCUCGCGUGACAAACUGUCAGUCUGCGCAGACACCUCUGGUGACAAGUACACCAUACAGUCACAGCUUGAGAAACUACAGGAGUUCUCGGUGAUGAAGGAGGAAGGUCAGCUGCUGAUCCACACGGCCCAGUCCUGGGGUGAGAAGACCAUGAACAACACGUCCAUGGACGGCCGCGAGAUGAUACGCCAAGAGCUGCAACAGCUGCAGCAGGAGUGGGAUAUCAUGAUCAGUGAGGUGACUGACACAAAGGUGAUGCUGGAGUCAUGCCUGCUGCAGUGGACAGACUUCAACGACAGCUAUGAGCAGAUCCAGCGCAGGCUGCGCGAGAUGGAGAAGCGUCUCCGUGGUAGCGACCCCAAGGUUGACCUUGGCGAGAAGAAGGCUGAGCUACAGAGAAUCAAGGGUAUCUACCAGGACGUGGUCUCGUUUGAGCAGAUGGUGGAGUCUGCAGGCACGAAGGCCCAGGACCUGAUGCAGAAGUCUCCAGCCAGCAAGGCCUCCACGGACACCUCACAGAUCAUCAACAAGUACCACCAGAUCAAGGACCUCGCCAUGGACAUGCUAGCCAAGGCAGAGAUGAAUGUUGCCCAGCACACGGCCUACCAUGACGCCUGCAACAACUUUGUCUCGUGGCUGCGAGUGGCGCGUGAGAAGCUGGCAACUUGCUCUGAUACGUUCGGUGAGAAGUCGGCCAUAGUGGGCAAGAUUGAACGCGCCAGGGCCCUAGUCGAAGGACUCAACGAGGGUGCCCAGCGAUUGACUGAGGCCACUAAGUCAGGGGAGAGCACUCUUCCAAACACUUCCCCUACCGGACAGACAAAGAUGCGGCAGGAACUGAAAUCAAUGAACAAGGACUUUGAAGAGUUCAGAGCAGAACUGAUGUCUGCACAAGAGGACCUGGAGGAAUGCCUCACAAGGUGGACCCAGUUUGAAGACGGAUAUCUGCACUUUAACAACUGGCUCAAGGAGACAGAGACCUACCUGAGGUCAGAACUCGACUUCAAGGCAACUAUGGAGGAAAAGAAGGGACACUGGGAGCAAUACCAGACGUUUGCGGAGGAAAUACAGUACAAGCAGGCAGAGCUGGACCACGUCAACGAGAAGGCCCAGUCCUUGUUGCAGACAAACGCAGACGCCAAGACCUCGCAUGCCAUCACUCAGCUUACCACACGAUACCAGGGGGUCAUUGCUUUGUCUAAGGACAUUGUGAAGAACCUUGCCACGUACUACAACAACCACCUGCACUACAAUGACAGCCACAAGGACUUCUGUCACUGGCUGUCCGAGACCAAGCUCCACCUGCAGACUGUCCAUAGGACGGCAGGGUCCAAGGAGGACCUGGGAUCCAAACUGGACAACAUGACGGAAAUGCAAGCAGCCAUGGACCAAGGUCAUGGUCACCUGCGUCAGGUUCUAGAAUGUUCCGAGCGCACUCUGCCCAGCACAAACACGCGGGGUUGCCAGGUGAUUCGCAAUGAGUGCGAGACCGCCAAGGCUGAAUACGAAAACCUGCUGACAGACAUGUCGCAGGCUAAACGCGGGCUUGAGUCUGCGCUGACACAGUGGGGAGACUUCGAUCGCUCCUACGAGCAAUUCCACGUCUGGCUCACCGCCAUGGAAGCCAAGAUCAACUCUGACCCCGGACUCAAAACUGACCUCCCAGAAAAGAGAUCAAGCCUCGAAAAAUACAAGGCUCUGCAAGCAGAUUGCCUUGCUCAUCGCGAACUCCUAGAGAGGCUUGAAGAGAAGGCCUCAAACGUCAAUGACGCUCGACCCCAGUCACGUGUCCUUGACCUGAGGUCCCGCUACUCAGCCGUUGCUACGGCAAUGAAGGAGUUUGUGUCGCGUCUGGACGGCCAGGUGGGUGCCCACGAGGAGUACCGCCGCUCGUACAUCGGAUGUCUGGACUGGAUGGCAAACACUCGACACCGCCUACAGAGACUCAGUGACUUCUCUGGGGACAGGAAGUCCCUCCAGGACAGACUGCAGCAAAUCAAGGAAUUCAAAGGAGAAAUGCGUCAUGGUCAGGACAUGGUCAAUAACGCCACACAGCUGGGAGAGCGUGUCUGCAUGACAACCGCACCGAGAGGUCAGGAGGCCAUCCACAAGGAGAUCCAAACGCUCAAGGAGGAUUGGUCGAGCUUCGCUGGAGCUGUAAACGAGGUCGAAUCCAACCUGGAAGUCUGCAUUGGCAACUGGCUGGAGAUGGAUGAUGCCCUGUCUGGCUUUACUCAUUGGAUGGAAAAGAUGGAGAGAAAGAUGAAAAACUUAAACGACAGUAAAUCAGACAGCUCUAGAAAGGAGCACAUGUUCCGUGAGGCUGAAGACAUUCUGCAGGAGGUGGUUAACAAGAAGUCCGCUCUCGAGGUCGUCCGGGAGAAGGGCGAGGCUGUUGCUCAGCGCAGCACGGACCCCCGUCUCUCUAACAACAUGAUGCAGCUUGCUACACGCUACCAGGCGCUCAUUUCUGCAGCAAAGAACCUGGUGUCACAGCUGAGUGAGAACGCACGCGACCACAAGGAGUAUAACGACGCCUUCGAUGCCGCCACGAAAUGGCUGGCCACAAUGGCUGACCGCGUGCAGGAGUGUAACGACACGGCAGGAGACUGGCAUACACUUGAGGACCGCAUGGACACAAUCAAGAAUAUAACAGCCAGCAUGGAUGAGGGUCUCCAGAAGGUCAACCGUGUGUGUGACCUCGCUGAGAAGAUCCUGCCGAACACGUCAUCAGAGGGCAAGAGGCUCAUAGAGCAGCAGGUCACCGAGCUGACAAACGAGUGGGAGAAACUCAACAUGGCCAUCACCGACUGCAAUGCCAUGCUAGAGGGUGUGCAAGAGCGGUGGAACGACUAUGAGGAAUACUACGGUAGCCUCGUCAAGUGGCUGGCCGACAUGGAGAACACUCUGGGCAUGGACCCUGAACCAAAAGCCUCCCUCGUGGAGAAGAAAACACAACUGGACAAAUAUAAGCUGAUGGGCAGUGACAUAGAGAACCACCAGCGUAUGGUCAAUGAGCUGGCAGAGCGUGUGGCCAAUCUGGAGGCGCUGUCUGCCAACUCAGACGUCACAGAGUCACUACAGGACGUGCAGAACAGAUAUGACCGCGUCCGACAACGAUGUCGUGAACUCGUGAGCCGCCUGGACCGCGGCUACCAGGAGCACCUUGGCUUCCACGAGGCCCAGCAGGAGAGCGAGAAAUGGCUGCUGCAGACGUCAUUCCGACUGAUGAACCACAACUCUCUUAACUGCUCCACUAUGGAGCUCACGCAGCGACAGAUUGAGAAACACAGGACACUGUUGAGGGAGAUUGAAGAAUAUCGACUUGUACUAGACCGCGUUAACAUGAAAGGACGCCGACUUAUCGACAAUAAUUCCCGUACUCCAAGACUUGCAGAGCAAAUGCAAGCUCAGUUGCAGAAUCUUGAGGAAAGUUAUAUCAACCUGCAGGCCACGGCGGAACAAAUACGAGAUCGCCUUAACGAUGUUCUGAAGCGAUGGCAAGAGUACCGGGGCAGUCUCGAGUCGACAAACCGGUUCCUUAAGGAUGAGUUCCCGCACUGGCUCCGGGACACAGACGGGGAUAUCCCGGAUAGCAAGGUGGACGCACAGAGGAAGAUGGAAGGCAUCAAGGGAAUGAUGGACCGCCUAGUCACAAUGAGGCAGGAGAUAGACACAGCUGGGGGACGCUGUGAGAAUCUGGGCAGCGUGGAGAACCUCGACCAAUCAGAUCUCCCCGAGAACACCCCCAUCUACAAGCUUGCACAGCAGGUCAAUGGUUCCCUGCAGGAGGCCACUGAAGAGGUUGAGAAACGCCUGAGUGACCUCCGAGAGAACAUGCAGCAUUGGGACUCUGUGGACCGCAUGCGGGUCGACCUGCGUGCCUGGCUGCAUGACAUGCAAGAAGAGGUGGACGAACUUGAGAAACAGCCCUCGAAACUUCAUGCCGAGGCCUGCGAGGUCGACAUCAACAAGCUGCAGGCCAUCAGAGAGGAGGUUCAGGCAAGAGGUCCCGCUGUUGAAGGUCUCCUCGCUAGAUACCGAGAACUCACGCAGCAUAACCCUGCUCUGCAGGACCCCGUGGUCAAGGCAGUGAAGGACGACUGGGAGGAACUCCUUGGACAGAUUGAAAAUCUCAUCGACGAUCGUGAGCACGCUUUGCAGGCGGCUCGCGACCUGCAGGCUCGCGAAAAUGAAGUGGAUGAUGACCUUGAUAACUACAUCAACGAGCUGGAGAAGAUUGAGGCUGCCAAUGUUGGAACCGUUGACAAAGCAGCCAUGCUUAAGAGCCUCACAAAUGAGAUCGAGGCAUACGAGCCCAAGAUGGAGGCGGUGCGCGCGCAGGCUAGCGAGGUGGCACAGCGGGUCAACCCACUUGAUCGGGAGCUAGUAGAGGACCAGCUCAAGAAGCAAGAGAAGAAGCUGGCAGAUGUGCGGGCCCGGAGCGCGCGGCUCUCGAAGGGUUUCGAGGUGCUGGAACUGGACCUGGAGGAGAUACAAGGCAAGGUGGACCAGUAUCUCACUUGGCUACACAAGAAGGAGGAGCAGGUGCUCCUCACAGUUGCCAGGGGUUACCAUGUGGACGAAGCCAAGGAGAACAUGCAGUACAUCAAUGCCUUGUGCUCAGAACUGGAGAAUCGUCAAUUUACACUUGACACUGUCAACAAAAAGGUCGAAGCUGUUCUACAAGACCUUACACCAAAAGAUCGCGAAGAAAUGGAAAACUCCGUCAAGAAACUUAGUAUUGAGCACACAAGAGUGUAUGGGGUAGCUAUUGAACGCAAGAACGUUCUAGCAGAGGCUCUGAAUGCUCGAGAAGUGUUCGCGUUUGGACUGGAGAGAGUGAACAUGUGGCUGGAAGACAAGGAGACGAAACUUACUGACCAGGAGCAGAUACGACUGGUAGCUGCCGAUGUGGAGAAACAGAUAGAAAAAGCAAAGAGUUUGAUGCUCGAGAUCGAGAAAUAUGAGCCGAACAUUGAGCAGAUUGAAACCCGAGUUCGAGCCCUGCAGCAGGACUGCAAUAACGAGCAGAGCACGACUUUGAACUCCGUUGUUAUAGAUGUCCAGCAGAAGUACACCUCCCUGAAGGACCACGGCAGGACGGUACAGGACAGGCUGGAGACUAGCCUGGCUGCGCGCAAGGUCAACGAGGCUGACCUACAGAAACUCGAACGCUGGUGCAAGGAGGCGGAAAUGAAGUGCAGCACUGCACCUGUCCUAGACUGCGCCACUGAAGUACUGGAGAAACAGUACAACACAUAUAAGGUGCUAGACACAAGUGCAGAGAUGUUCAAGUCACUCUUGAAGGAGAUUGAGGAUCGUGCACUUGCGUUCCAACCAGGUCUAUCACCUGCAGACGCAGCAGCCCUACAGCAGACGACAAACACAGCGACAGAGAAAUUCAACAGAUUAAAGAAGACAAUAAAAGACCGUGUGAAGUCUAUAGACGAGGCAUUACAGACUCGAGACGAGGUAGGGGACAGUCUAGAGGAGGUCAAGGGCUGGCUGUCCAGUGUCCAGUCUGACCUGAAGCAGGUGCCUCGUACCAUUGGACCAACGGUCAGUGACGCAGAGGAUGUGCUUAAACAGUACGAGGCUAUAGCAGAGAGGGUAGCCAACUAUCAGCCGUCAGUGGCCCAGCUGAGGCAGGCAGUGGAGCGUCUGAGACACCUGGGGCAGCUCAGUGAGGCAGACGAGAUACUGCGCCUCACCGGCCAGUAUGAGAUGCUGGGAGACCAGGUCAGACAACACACCCAGAAUUGCAAGCAGGCGGUGACCGUACGACAGACGCUGGAAGACCAGAUGAAGGCAGUGGAUGAUGUUCUGCGUACAUGCGAGCAGACGGCAGACUCUGUGAUAGGUCUGCAGGUGCCUGUGCCAGAGAAAAUAGAGAAACUCAAGGCUGUGUCCACUCAGUUGCAAGCAGCCAGCCCUUCCAUAUUUGCCAUGGGCGACAAGGCAGCAAGAAUCGGUCUUGAGGGAACCCCAGAAAAUGCCCAGGCAGUCACAGCUAUGAUUGAAGAUGUGAAAGCAAGGAUGGACAACCUUAAGAAGAUUGCGGACAGAAAGGCCAAGCAGUGCGAGUCCAUCCAGAGAAACCGCGAAGAUUUUGAGGGUUAUGUUAAUGAGACAAUGAAUUGGCUCGAUGCCAAGGAAGAGAUCCUCGCAUCAUGCACUGCACUUGACCUUGACCCUCAAAAGGUCAAAUCGACCUUGCACAAACAUCAGGAGGUUAAAGGCGAGUUUACGUCUCGACUCGCACAAGUGCGAACUCGCGAAGAGGCCCUGUCACGUGACGCCCUGGACAAGCUGGACACUAUCAAGAUGAAGGCUGAUGUGGAGAGAAGACACUACGAGCACAUGGAGGAACCUGUACCAGACCUGCUCACAGAGAAACUAGAACAGAUCCAUUCCCUGGAGGAGAGUAUUAAGGGCGCCAUAUCCAAGAAGGAGCAGUACCUGACUGAGGCAGUGGCAGACCGAAUGCAGUUGGAGGUGUCCAUGAAACAGAUCAACGACUGGAUCAACGGGGCUGAAGAACUCCUGGACUCAGGGUAUGAGGGGCUUGACUACGACACACUGAAUGAAACCAUCAGCGAACACAAGGACUACUUUUCUGAGGCGAGUAUGUGUCAGGACGAGAUGGAGCAGGUGAUGGAGCUCUCUGAGCGUUUGCUGCCAACCUUGGACAUGAAUGACACUGCCACACUGCGGCAGUCGCUCAAGAACACGGAGCAGAAGCUUGCGAACAUCAUGGCCUCCUCCCAAAGGCAGCAGACGGAAAUGGAGAAACGGGCCCAGGACUGGAAUGAAUACCAGGAUCUGGUGAUGGCUGUGACCUCUGACCUGCAUGUUUUAGAGGAUGAGUGGCAGGCACUGGACAGUGAGCCCCUCCACUCCCCAUCACAGAUUAACAAGCAUCUCAUAGACACAAAGCACUUUAUUGAGAAGACAGAGAGCCUGCGCCCCACCAUCAACGAGGUCAACGAGCGCUCCUUUGAACUCGACAAAGGGGCCACAGAAAGGAGCAAGCAAUUCAUACACGGCUUGUUGGGCGAGGUGAAUGAGAGGUGGCAGAACCUUGUAUCCAAGACAGAGAAUAAGCAGAUGGCUCUGCAGGACCUGGAGGUGCAUUAUGAGGACUUCUCCACCCACCUGACCAGUGUGGACCAGAUACUGGACGAGGCAGAGGUCAAACUGCCCACGCCUGUUGACCUUGACCUGGUCACCUCUCCUGAGCUGGUGGCCAAGCAUGAUCAGACACAGGAGCUGCUGGUGUUACUGGAGAUGGCUGAACCAAAGAUCACAGCAUUGAAGAAGUGUGCCCAUCAACUGCAGAAGAACCUGCCAACAGCAGAGGCCAAGGUUCAGGCACAGGACAUUGUCAUGGCGAUGCUAGAGAAAUACGAGAGGAUAAGUGACGUUUUGAAGGAGCAGAAACAGAUCCUGCAAGAGGAGCUAGACGACCGAGAUGGAUUCAGCACAGAGGCCAAGCAGACGGUCGAAUGGCUGAAUGAGACGAGGGCAGAGCUGGAACAACUUUCACCAAACAUGGACGAAAAGGAAGUCAUGGAGAAAAUCGAGAAAUUGAAGUUGUCCGAACAAGAAAUCUCCGUCCGUAUGGAGCAGAUGCGUCACAUGGCACAACUCCACGAGACCAAGUUCAAAUCUCAAGGUCGCGACGUCCCCAAAGAGCUCCAGCAACAGUUUAACGACCUCUCUGCACUGGAACAGGAAGUCACCGUGGCCAUGGCAGCCAAAGAGGAUGAGCUAUUGCACCUCAAUGCUGACAGACAAGAGUAUCAGGCCGUGCUAAAUAUAGUAACAACAUGGCUGACGCAGGCUCUGGAUCAGCUGAAAGAGCGGGUGGUGGAUGUGCCUGAAGCGCUGGAAAGACACAAUGAGCUGGUCAGUGAAUUUGUGCCAUUCAAGCAGAAGUUGGACCACCUUCGAACCAAGGGCAGCGAACUCAUCAAGCACACGUCGGACCCCACGGAGAAACACUCAAUCCAGAAGGCGCUCGCUGACACCAACCGACUCUGGUCCUCUGUUCAGACUAGGGCAGGGGAGAAAACUCUGCAACUGAGAGAGGCUGAGAAACUUGCACGGGAAUUUGACGAGAGUUGCGGGACGUUGGAGCGAUGGCUGAGUGUCGCAGAAGCCCAGCUGCAGAUCAGGCCUACUUACGUUGACUUUGAUAGAGUUCGUGAUCAACUAAAGCAAAAUAAGAGCCUUCUCAAAGAGAGUGAGCAGCAGCAGAGGAGGCUCUCCCAACUCAACGCAGUCGUCAAACAGAUGGAGCCGCUGUGUGAGACGCUGCCCCAGAUGGAGCGUCUGACAAAGCUGAGUCACAAGACGUUUGAUCUUCGAGCCCACACCAUGGAUAAGGUCAACGGCCUAGAGGACGUAGAGGAGCAGAUAAGGGAGUUUGAAGGGGAGCUGGACGAGAUAAAGCAAUGGAUGGACAGGACUCGAGCACAUUUGACGGUCCGCGACGACUCGCUGACCUUGAAAGAUCAGCUACACAUGCAGGAAAGCCUCAUCUCUGAUAUUGAAAGCCACAAAGACAAAGCACUUUACGUCCUUGAGAAACACGCUGAACUUCAUGCGGCAGUUGGCGAGGAAUCACAUCUGCACAAUACAAACCUUGCAGCAGAGAUCAACGCACUUCUGACGCAGGCUCGCGUUGACCGGGAUGAAUUACGAGAGGCGGUGGAGCAGCAGGCGCAGUACGAGACAGAGUUACGGUCUUUGACGUCAUCCAUAAACGAGGCCAAUGCUAAGCUGAUCGGUUCCCCACUUCAGGCAAGCAGCGUCGAUGAUUUGAAGGCGCUCAUUUUGGAGCGAAAUGUGCUUGCUCAACAAAUUAAAGUUUGCCAGUCUAAGAUUAAUAUCCUAAGUGAAAAAAGUCACGAACUGGCUGAACGCAGCGCGGAUCUUGGUCCCUUGUGUGCGAGGAAGUUGUACCAUAGCGGAAACCGGGAAACAAGAGUUAUUGACCUUGUGAACACUCUUAACGCACCUCUUGAGCCGUACCAUUCUCCAUUAGCCUCUCCACGGACACCCAGGAGUCCUGAGCAGACGAUAAAAUCCCAGUACGAAAAUCCUUUAAAACUGUUCAAAGGUAUUGAAGGCCAUUUUAAAGACACUGACGUUAUGCUUGAACCAUUGGAAGAGGAAGAUGUGGAUGCUUCUUUUAAUUUCCCAUCAUUGGUAGGCGAUAAAUCUAAAUCAAGUGACACAUCAUUUGGGUCCUUGCCUAAUGUAAGUCCUAGGAAACCUUUUUCGAAUUCAAAUGAGAGAGUGGACAUUUCUGUGAAAGCCAAAAUUCUCUCAUCACCAACAGUGUGUAAAACCAGUCCAGAGUUGAAGGUCAAAUCUCCCAAAGGUCAAGGUGAUUCAAGAAUGUCUGAAUUAGACAGUGGUGUUCCUUUUUCACCAUCAACAUCAGCUGGAACCUUAACGGACGCUCAUAUUACCACGUCGGAAACGUCCUUACCUUGCAGUGACACCAUGGAAAUAUCGCUCAGUGUACCUAUGUACAGUGCUGCCUCAGGUCCCAAAAGGACUCUCAGCAAUGACAGAGCAGACUCUGAACACAGAAAACCAAAGACCUUAAAAUACUCAUUUGAUAAAGACCUUGAUGGGGCAAGUGUAAAAUCAGGUAGCACGGAUGAACCAAUGUCAAGCAGGUCAAGGUCAAAUGAGAGGGAAGAUUCAGUCUCUCUCUCCUCUCUCCCUGUCACUACGUCUGAAGGGUCUCUUGCUGUGUCUGGUCAGCCUCUAAGCAGGCCUACUGCAGGUGGAAGCAUGGAAUUACCUGCAGAGUCUUUAGCUUUGAAGAAGAGGAAGGAGGAGGCUUUGAAACCAUAUCAACCCAGGUCUAAAUUCUUAGCUGCAAAACUGGAAGGGAAUCCAAACCAGCCUGAAGAUCUGGAGAAGGAUUAUUUUAAGAACUUAGGAAAUGAUUUUAAUAAUGAUCCUCAGAAUGGCGAAGACACACUCAGCAAAUCUGCUCCAGCACAGAAGCCAUGGAAAAUGAAAGCAGAAGCAAAGGCAACUAAGGGACCAAUAAAAGGGGAUCAUUCGUUUGGUGUACCUGAAGGUAAAUCUGAACUAGAAUCAGAACCAAGAAGGAGUUUACUGCACGAAAACAGAUCAUCAUACAAACCAAGGUCACCUUCGCCUUUGACCUUGCCACCUACCUCAAAGUCACAUCAUGACCUUUCCUACAAGGAUAGAUCAAGGUCAUCAGAAAGUCCAGAAAAAAGGACUUUGUCAUCUGAGAGACUCAGAGGUCAUAGGUCAUUGUCUCCUACUGUCACUGCGGAAACAAAUGAUCAAGGUCAUAUUCCAGAAGGACCGAUGUCAAAGUCCUUGACAUCUACUCAAAUGAGGUCAAUGGGUGCACGCUCUAACAAAGAUAAACUUGCCUUGCCUAACAAAGGGACCUGGGACCCGGAUUUGUCACGGAGUGUGCCCAGCUUGCUAGACUCGCACUUGCAAGAUUUACAGGAGCGUAGCACUUCUUUUGGGUCAAGGUCACGGUUUGGAGGGUCAGGGUCGUUGGUAGGGUCAAAGGCAGGGUCACGGAGUACUAAGUUUGAUGACCUUAGCUCUUCAUGGCAAAAUUUGCAGCGACAGCUGGGAACCAAAGAGCGUGAGCUGCAUGUUGCACUCCAGAAGCAGGAGCGGUACCAGUCGACGGUGCAGGAUGUGACUGCCCGGAUGGAGCGUGUUCAGCAGAAGCUGGUUCCUCUCGGCACGUCUCCUUUUAGGAAUCUAGACGGGCAGAUAGCCGAACAAAAGGAGGCAGAACAAGAGAUCGAAUGUAUCCGGGAGGACAUAGCGCGCGUUAAGGAGCGAGGUCGUCAGAUCAUGGAGUCCUCAGACCCUGAGGGGUACCAGGCCAUGCAGGCUACCCUGUCCAUGCUCACUGACAAGAUCAACUCACUGCAGGCCAUGGCCGACGACAAAGCUAAGAUCCUCCAGAACGCCAUCAAGGGUAAGGAGCGUCACACUGUGGCCCUGGGGGCGUACAAGAAGCAUGUGAAGGCCAUCGAGGACUGGCUGGGGGAGAUGAAGGUCCGCCAGGCGGCCACACCCCUCGUCACUGACAGUGUGGGGGCCCUACAAGUGCAGCUGCAGGAAAACAAGGACCUUCAAAACGAGCUGAACAGACGUCUGCAGCACGUUGCAGACCUCGCCCUUCAGUGCGACAACCUCUGCGAGCUCGAGACUCCCGAGUCUGCAGAUAAACUUCGUACACAGCUCGCCACCCAACAGCAGAACCUCGGAAACCUCAAGCUGGCGGCCAUUGAGAAGCAGGCACCACUCCGCGCAGCGAUCAAGGAGAGCGAGAAACGAACGCGGGAGAUGGACGAUUACGAGCAAAACCUAAAAAAUCUGCAGCGAUGGAUCACAGACACAAAGAAUUUGUCUCACGGUCCUUUUGUUUCUGAGGAGGCCGCACUUGUUUCCAUGACGCCACAUCAAAAACAAGAAUUACAGCAGCAACUUCAGUCAGACCUAUCGCAGCAUCGCACACUAGUCCGUCAGCUGAGCACAGAGAUGCGGUCCCGAGAUCACCCACGCCCAAGGGAAACUACUAUCAUUACCCAGGGGUUCCCUCCCCUGAGAGAGGAGGACCUACAGCCUCGCUGGGAGUCACUGUCACGUGAGCUGCAGCAGAAGAAAGAGCACCUUGAAGAUCUCGUACAGAAAUCUAAUGAUCUGAUUGGCCCAGCCAAGUAUGGUCGCCGUAGUUACGACCCUGACCACACCCCACAGUUGAAGGAUGUGAGACGCCACCUUGCUGCACUGAAUGACCUCUGGAAACAACUACAAGUGCAGGUGGAUGACAAACAGUUGCGAUUGGACAAGGCCCUGGAGUUCCAACAGAGCUACCAGGACGCCUUGGCCAAUGUCUCCCGCUGGCUCGACCUCACGGAGCAGAAACUGUUUGCGCCUGACUCCACCAUGAACUCCGAGGAGAAAGUGCAGGAAAAUGAGGAUAUUCAGCGAGAGAUCCGCUCCUUGCAAGGCGAGAUUCAGUCAAUGAGCCGAGCCGCCCAGGAACUUCUCUCCGUAACCAACGCUGACAGCCAUGAGUUGAUCCGACAGAGUCUCGCAAACCUCAACAACCGAGUUAAGAGUCUCGAGUCUCAGGCUCGGGAACAAGGGGACAAACUCCGCACGGUGGAUAGAAACUAUAAGUCCUACAAGGAGGAGGUUCAGCAGUUGGAGGGCAAGCUUCUGGAGACCCGAGACAUCAUGUCCAGUCCCACCCACUCCACACCUGUCAGACAGCAGGUGGACAAAAUGCAGGAUGCUAUUGCAUAUGAACAGAAGAUCGAAAGUCAGAUGAAGAAAUGUGAGGCGCAGUUAGAGGGAGUUAAGAAGCUCGGUACAGAGUUGUCUGCCAUGGAUCCUGAAAUUAUCUCCCCUUACGAGAUGGAGUCUCUGCAGUCCAACUUCAUGGACAUACAGAGGAAGGUGAUGGAGAAAAAGGCGUCCCUGCAGGAGUCUGUGUCAGUCCAGGAGCAGUAUGAGAAGCUGCUGGCAGACUAUGCGGACUUCCUGGAGACGGCAGACGACAAGCUGCGGACCGAGCAGAUCUCCGUCCGGGAUCUAGAGCACCUCAAGGAGCAACUCGUGGCCCAUAAGGAUUUCUUCAGUGACCUUGAGGUUCAUCGUGCCAUGCUGGACUCCCUGGUGGCCCAGUGUGACAAGGCAACCAAGCAGAAGCACCUGCCACAACACACGCGUCUUAGCAACCUGACAUACGUCCUUCAAGACAAGGCCAGUCUUCACGGCCAACGAUUGGACCGUCUCGUCCGACAAUGGGGCGAGCUCGACGAGAAAUUCGGCCAAUUGCAACGUUUCUUGAGCGACCUUGAAACUCAGAUACCAAAGCCUAUCGCUAACCAAGACACUCUGCAGACCAUUCAGAAUAAGAUCACCACAUUUCAGAGGCUGCAAAGGGAGUUAACUGAUGAGAAACCGGUUGUGUUUCAAGUGGUUGACAAGGGGAAGCAGUUGUUGCAUAGUGUUAAUUGUCCGGGCUUGGAAAUGCUUGUGACGGAAAUUGCGGAGAAAUGGGUGGAUCUUAACACCGAGCUUUCACAUGAACUGAAGAGAUCCCAAUCACUUGGUGACCAAUUGCAAGUAUUCGAAGCCGAGGCAGCCAUCUUGAAAUCCUGGCUGACUGCUGCUCGCUCAAAACUCAAUAGUAUUAAACAACUGUCAUCCUCAGACAUGAAGAGUAUAGCAACCGUUAGAGGGAAAAUAGAUAAAAUAUUGGAAUUCCGUAAAGACGUAGAGGACCAGCUGCCCCUGAAGGAGAAGGUGCUCUCCAUCGGCAACCAGCUGCUCCAGAACAAGGUGUACCAGACGGCCGACCUGCAGGAUCGCACACGCCACCUGGAGCAUGAGUGGGCGCACCUGGAGCACGACAUCAACAACAGCGAGGAGUAUCUGCACCAGGCACAGAUGGAUCUGAUGCCGUCCCGUCAGGCGCUCGGCGAGCUUAACGCCUGGUUGACAGAGAUCGAGGAAACCCUGGCUGACGAGAAGUCUAAGCCUCUCAAGAAUCUUGGUGAUAUGGAAGUGCUGCUUAAGAAAUACAAGUCCUACAAGAUAGACCUGUCCAGUAAACAGCUCACAGUGGACUUCGUCAACCAAGAAGUCCUUCAACCCAAGGAUGACCUGGAUGGACCGCCGCCCGCCGAGCGGAACGAGUUCUCAGAGAGGCUGGGCGUGCUCAACGGGCGCUGGCUGGAAGUCAGCAAGCAUGUGUCUGAUAGGCUGAAAUCUCUGGAGGCGGUACAUAAUAAGUGGGAGGAGUUUGAGAGGUCUAUCACUCGAUUGGUUGAGUGGUUCCAUGAGCAGGAAGAUAAACUGAAAAAGUAUCGACUCAUCGGGCAUGAAGUUAGUGUGCGGCAGACGCUGAAAGAUGUAAAGGCGCUGCAGACAACACUGCGUCUGAAGGAAGGAGACGUGAACCAUGUAAGAGAGCUCGGUGACACACUGAUACAACUCAGCGAGGAAUCACCACAGGUUCGACAGUGCAUACACACCAACAUGCGCAGCCUGGCAGACGAGAAACUCAAGUUGGACGGCAACGUUACCCAGGUUAACAAGCUGCUCGAGGACAUCCUGUCCCAGUGGGACGGUUACCAUGGUGAAAUGCAGGCGGUCACUCAGACCCUUGCAGAGACCGAGUACUGUCUGCAGCGCUACGCUCUCAUUGGUGGAGACCUCGCAACCCUCAAAAUACAGGUUGAGAAACUUGAGAAUCUGAUUAAAGAAAUGGACCGCCAAUCACCGCGUUUUGACAGAUACACCAAACUCGCAACUAGACUAUCAGAAGUGUGCGAACCCACCACGAGACAGGAAGUGAAGAAAACCCAGUCAGACCUUCAACAGCGCUGGCAAAGCGUGUAUGGUGACCUUCAAACCCGGACCGGGAAGUUCCGGGACUGCCUGGAACAAUGGAACAUAUAUGAGGAGGAGUUUAGCUCAGCCAGGACAUGGCUGGAUUCUAAGGAGAAACUCUGUGACGAGUUGUUGUACGGAAAGGAGGAGCGUGUGCGGCGAGACGCAAAUCUUAGAAACUGCCAGACUCUUCAGAGAGAUUUAGACCAGUUCCAGUCCCAACUGGCCAAUCUGUACCGGGUGGGUGAGGAUGUGACAAAACACAUGGACCCUUCAUCAAUAGUCAACAUUACCUCAAAGCUUUCAUCACUAGAGCAACGCCUGCUAACCCUAAGACAGAAGCUUGCAAAACAUGUUCAGAGUCUGCAAGGGGAUUUAUCCCAGCAACGGCGAUUUCAGGAAGCCUUUGAGAAUGUUCAAGCAUUCGUCUCCCAGGCGCAAAGGAUUCUGGGCAUGGAGGAUCCAAAUCGUUCAGCUGACAUGCAAGCCCUCAGUAACAGACUGGAUCAUUUGAAGGAACUCUGCACUCAAUUUAACGAUAACUCCACUCAACUGGAUGCACUCAACGAUCUCGGCUAUAGGCUAGCCCUGAACGAGACUUCCGCGGCGGACCUCCAGGACUUGAACCACAAGUGGCAGGCACUCUAUGCAGAGACCAAGGAGAGGUGCAAAGCCCUUCAGGGGUUGCUGCUAGUGCAGCAGGACUUUACGUCCAAGUGUGACACCUGGAUGACGUUCCUGGCCCAGACUGAGGCAGAUCUCUCCACAGAAAUAGCGGGAAACCUCAUUGAUCUUCUUGCUCAGCAGAAGAAAUGUGAGAAAUUUGAAGCUGAGUCGUACAGCAGACAGCAAAUCCUGCACGCCAUCAUCAGCGACGGGCAGACGAUGAUGAACGACGGCGACAUAGAGAACAAGGAGCAGUUCCAACAGAAGCUCAUCCUAUUGGCCAACCAGUGGCAGAGCGUGGUGAGACGAGCCAAUCAGAGGAAGGCAAUCAUCGACACCACCAUCAAGCAGUGGCAGGGCUUCAACGAGCAGGCCGAGAAGUUGAGGGCGUGGCUCAAGGAAAAGGAGGAGGGGCUAGAGGUGUUCACCUUUGACAAGGCCUCACUGCAGAAGAUCAAGAAUCUUGUGGAAAAGGCGAAGAACACCCAAAAUGAGUUCAAGCUGCAAGAAGACAUGUUCAAAAACAUGAACAGUCAGGGGAAGCAACUCCUGCAGCGAGCAGACGACAAGGCCCAGGAAGAGUUACGGGUCUCAAUGGCGCAGGUUCAGCAGCACUGGCACCAGAUAUUCGUUAAACUUGACAGUGAGCGCGAAAAACUGGAGGGCGUGCUGAAACACUGGCGAGAGUGCGAGGAUGAUAUUGAGGAAAUUCUAACCUGGCUAAAAGACACGAGGAAAUCACUGCUUGGCAACCUGCCAAACGCUUAUGAAGAGCUUCAAGCAGACAUGCAUAAGUGCAAGGACAUUGAAGUAGCAUUCGCAAACGCAGAGCCAAAACGUCAAUCCCUCCUUGCCAACGAGAAGACUUUGUCUCGCACAAUCGAGCCAGAAGACCUGAAUGUUCUUCACCAGCGUAUCCGUCUGCUCAACAAGCAGUGGGACGAGUUGUGCAACCAGGCCUCCCUGCGCGCGCAGAGAAUCGACGACACGAUGUUCAGAUGGUCGAGCUUCAGCCAGAAAUUCAAGGAGCUCUGUGAUUGGAUCGACAAGAUGGAGGUCAAGGUCAUAUCAAGCAAGGAUUAUCAUAUCGAGGAUCUGCUCAACAGGAUGGAGAAGGAUUUCAAGAACGAAUUAUCGGACAAGGAGAAGAGCAAGAAUGACCUUGUGAGUCAAGGUCAAGGCCUCAUGAAGGUCAGUAAUGAGGUGCGCUCCUCGGACAUUGAACAGAAGAUACAGAGGCUGGAGGACAAGUGGGAGCACCUCAAGGCAGUCAUUGCUUUUAGACAACGCAAGCUGCAGGAGACGCUGCUGGCGGUACAGCAGCUGGACGUGAGCAUGAACCACCUGCGCAAGUGGCUCGCCAGCAUGGAGGAUGAGUUGUCUGCCCCUGUCGUGUACGCCGAGUGUGAACGCAAGGAGAUCCAGCGCAGGCUGCAGCAUCAGAGCGAGCUGCAGCAUGACAUAGAACGGCACAGCCCGGGGGUCGGGUCCGUGCUCAACCUGUGUGAGGUACUGCUACACGACUCUGACGCCUGCCCCACCGACGUGGAGUUCAACGGGCUGCAGACUGCAAUGAAGAAUCUGGAACGACGCUGGCGAACCAUCUGCCAGAUGGCUCCAGAGAUGAGGUCAAGGAUUGAGGAGACCUGGAGGCUGUGGCAGACACUGAUUGAUGAUUGCCAAGCGUUCAGUGAUUGGCUGAAGGUUAUAGAGUCAGAGGUCAGGGAGGUCGCAGUUGACCAAUUGAAUGUUAGCACUUCCAGUGAGGAGUUCUCACAUUGUGAGACUGUACAAAGAAAAAUCCAUGAAAACCUUGGCAAAUUGGAGAACAUAAAUCGACAAUACCGAAGACUGGCCCGUGAAGGUCGCACUGACACUAACGGCACCUUAAAGUCGAUUAUGCAGGAUGCUAACGACCGGUGGGACAAACUUCAAGGCAAAAUGUCAGCCAACCUUCGUGAUCUGCGACAUUCCAGCAGUAUUCGCGAAGAUUUCAAACGUACCAAGGACGCUUUGCUCAGCUGGCUGACAGAGAUAGACAUGCAGAUAACAAACAUUGAGCACCUUUCCUCUAUGAAUGCAAACGGCAAAAUGAUCGAAAUGCGAAGAAUUCAGGAUGAAAUUGAUUCUCGAGCUCGUAAAUUUAAUUUCUUAGAUGAGGCAGCAUUGUACUUGAUACAGAAGGGUGACAGUGCAGAGUCCAUCACUACGCAGGCAGAAAUCGACUCCUUUAGGCAAUACCAUCGCCAGGUGCUUGACAGAGUUGCCAUAGCAAAUGCGAGAUACUCUGCUCGCGAGGUUGAAGACCGAUUGCAUUUGAAUGAGGAUGAAUUGGACCAACUGGAACGAGAACUCUAUGACCUUGACCCUGAUAAACCCCUGACCCUUAACUGGGACAUGAAGGAAAUAGAGGCUUACCUUGAGUCUUCCCCUCCGGAGAGUCCACCGGAGAAACGGCGAGCCAUGCUGAAAAAGUUACGUGAACGUUCAAGAUCACGGUCACAGUCUCCACAAAAGUUGCCAUCUAACACUGCCAUAAGAGCAUCACCUUUACUUGGGUCACCAAGUAGAUUCAUAAGAAAGUCAGAAGCACCAAUGACCUCUACACCAAGGCUGAGACCAGAGUCACCUUCGAGGUCAAGGUCACCCACAAGGUCAUUAAGGUCGAAAUCUCCAAGGCUUGUUGCCAAGGACUUUGUGGAUGCUGCAAGAGAACCAUCCCCGUCACGCCAGGAGCGUUUCAACCAGAUGAAGCGAGAGCUGACCCAGCGAGGCUCCAAGGAAGAUCAGAUCGAGAACAUUCUCGAGAAGCUUGCAGACGCUCUCGAAGACGCAACAGAGAAGCUUAACAUGGCUGAUCACGCGCUUCAUCGUGACAUUCCAAGUCGGCCUGGGCCACAACGGAAAUCUGCAGCAUAUAUUCGCUCGUUGGAUGAAGCAGAAAAGAGUGUGGAAGACGUGAGACGUAUUCACCGCCUCCUCAAGGCAGAGACGGGUCUCUCCAGUAUUGCUAGUGCAGAUAGCCAGGUCACAGCGAUCGUGUCUCGCUGGGAGAUGCUGCAGGCCGGGGCCAUCCAGAAAGACUACCGCCUGUCCCAGUGUCGCCAGGACUGGGCCCAGUUCCACGCAGACCUCGACAACAUGACUGCCUGGCUGGACGAGGCAGAGGGGCUACAGCACUCCCAGAAACGUCUGCCAGGGGAGAUCACUGAGCUUGACUCCAUCAUCAGGCAGCACAAGGACUUUCUGCUACAGCUGGAGGCCAAGAAAACGCGUGUGCUUUCUAUUAACUUAACGAGUCGAGAGAUUAUUGACCUUGCUACCGAGGAGGGUAGACAAUUACACGACAGACUCAAACGCAUGAAUGGCCGCUGGGAGGCAGUGUGUGCGCAGGCUACACGACUUCAAUCGGAGCUUCAGGACGCCCUGAUGCGGUGUCAAGAGUUCCACCACACGAUUCACGACCUCCUGCUGUGGGAGGAGAGCAUUGAGACACGCAUACAGCAGUGUGAGCCCAUCAACCUGGGCAAUGACGAGGCUGCACUCUGGAACAGGCUACGCAAACUCAAGGACAUCAAGUUUGACCUUGAGAAGAACCAGCCGCGGGUGAUGUCUCUCCGAGACACGGCGGACCAGCUGCUGAUGAACUCAGAAUCCCCGGAGAUGUGCCAGGCCAAGGACAAGAUGCACAUCAUAGCCAAUCGACUCAAGGCUCUCCUCCGACUGUGUUCAUCCUACAUCUCCAGUCUGGAAACCAGGCUCGAAUCUAAAUCUGUGGUUCGAAGCCCAGACCGUAGCUUUGAGCUAAGUGGCUCUCCUGCUUCCUCCAGCGCUAGCAGCCCGCGUGACAGUGCCAUACGUACCAGCACCCCCACCCAGCCCUACCGACCUAAAUUCCGACCCCAUCAGCCCAGUAGCCUGACAGCCAAGCCAAGGGCAAGGUCACCUUUCGCCCUUUCCCGCCAGCGUGUUUUUGGAAUACGCCCCUAUUUAUCUGGAUUAAUACGAGCACUACAAGGCGGUGCAGUUCAAUCAACAGCUGACAUAUCGACAAGACCACUUGAUCCCAAUGAAGAAAUCGAAGCUGGCUGCUGCCAUCGUUUAUUUCUGCGAGUUUUACGAUGCGCUCUUCCACUGCAGUUACUUUUGUUACUAUUAUUAGCAACAACGUGUUUAGUGCCAAUCACAGAAGAGGACUACAGUUGUACGCUGGCAAAUAACUUAAGACGAUCUCUCGACACAAUGUUACAGUAUACAGAUGGGCCACCGCCAUCGUAAACCAGUCAUCUUCUAAAAAUUCACUUUUGAGAAUAUUUGUAUGAUUUAAGGCAGCAAUAACAUACAUUUUGUUAGAUAUAUGAUAUGAUGUGGUUGUAUCAAUAGUGCAUCAAUUGUAAAUACAUUUUAAUUGACUGACACAAUUAUAUAACAUUUGGUAUGAGACAAUUACAUCUAUAAAAUCUUUAUCACCAGCAUUUUUUAAGCAGUGCUUUUUACUGGGAUUUUGUUACAUUUAUUUAAUGAAUAGUACUGGUUAGAUACUUAGAAUUGCAGAAUUUAGUUACAGUUGAGCACAAUGCUUUUUGAUAAUGAGGUAACAUGUACAGAUAACUUAUAAUUUAAUAAUUACCUGUCAGUACAUACAGAAAGCAUGUGUUUCUAUUACAUAGUAGACUGAAAGGCAGCCUGCUUAAUUUAUAUCUUAUUAGUAGUAGGUAACAAUACUAAAGUAGGAAUUUUGUAAUCAAGACAAAUGGAAGGUUAGCCAUGUCUUAAUAACAAAAACUGUGUUAAGUGUAAAUAAUGUAUAUGUUAAUCUAGACUAGAUAAGUUGUUUAAUAAACUUACUAUUACCAUGCUAGAAAGCCAUUGUAUAAAAUGAUGUACUCCUGUUAUAAAUUAUAGUGUCUUCAACAUCAUAUACAUGUAUAUACUGUACUUUUAUAUAACAGCCAUAAUACAUGUAAAAACACCAUUGUUUUUGCAUACAAAAAAUGAGAUGCUUUAUAAUUGUUUUGUAAUGUUGAUGGUAUGUCCUCAUGGCAACUGGUAUAUUUAUAGACUGUGAUAUUUUUCAGAGACUUUGUCUCAGAAAUUACUGUGAUUGUGUUUAAAUGAUAUUUAAUUGUUGUGAACUUGUUACUGGAUGUUGUUGCUUAUAGAAUGUUGUCCAUGGUUGAUACUGAUUUUGUCCCUUUUUUUACUUUGUUUGUUAUUUCACUUCAAUGUUGUUACUCCAUUGUGUUAGGGCCAGACACUUGGAAAACAACUUUAAUUCCAUAUUUAUUACAUUAAAUAUUAUUAGUUUUUGUUAUAUAUUAUGUGACAAAAGCAUUACAUAAUGGACGGUGUCUUGAUUACUUUUGAUUUGAAUUGAAAACUGCACUUUUAGGUCAGAUUUCUUUUUAAAAUUUAGCUAUAACACUGUUACACCCUUCAGGAAAAUAUAUAUUUGGAAGGAUUCCGAUAUUAUGAGAAGUUUAGUUGAAUGUAGAUGUGUAUGCUAUUAGUGUAUUGUUACUCAAUUUUUAGAUAUGCUUUUUUGGUAUGUGUAAGUCAUUUAAUAAAGUAUCUUUAUAU